GAGAUAAAACCGAACUUAAUACCUCCCAUAAUUAUAAUUAUAAUUUAUAAUUUAUAUGUCAAAUCUUUUUUUCUGAUUGAUUACCAUUCUUCAAGUUUUUUUUAGACUUCCGAGCUUUUUUUGGCGCCAAAAUCACACACCAACAAAAGGGCAAAACAACUCUAAGAUCGAUCUCAAAUCUCUCAUCAUGCAAUCAAAAAUUAAUUCUUUCUUCAAACCCUCUUCUUCGUCUUCUCCAUCGUUUUCGUCUGUUUCUGUUUCAGAAACCUCAGAGCCAGCUCCUUCUGAUGCUGGUCGAGACCAAGGCGACGAUUUGGCCGUUUGGGAGAGAAGUCGACACGUCAUCGUCAACACAUACGAGCGUCGAUCCACAAUAUCCUAUAGCAGCAAUGGAGAAUCUGAGGAAUGCAUCAGAGAUUUAGCUAAGAAUCAAGUUUCCAAGAAAGGAUCUGUAGCGUCUUCUAAGAACCUCAACAAGAAACGAAAUUAUGCUCAAUUCCACUUAGAAUUGGGCCAGUCUGAUUUUCUUCUCAGACACUGCGCUGCCUGUGGAGUUAAGUAUGCUCCUGGCGACGAAUUGGACUAGAAAAGCCACAGAACUUUUCACAAGAACUAUAUGCAGGGAAUCUCGUUCAAGGUCUCGUUGUCAUUUCCUUGUGUUUGAAUUAUGCGUUUCUUGGAUCAGUAAGGUCAUCGAUGAGCAGACAUAGGUUCUUGAAUUUCCAUCAGGGCUGGCAGAAUGAGAGAACUUUGACGACGCAUUCUUUAAAAGAGGAUCGUAUCCUUAUGAUACUGGAACAUGAUUCUCCUGCUCACAAAAACAAGGUGAAGGAGGUUGUGAAAAUGAUGGAAGUCGAGCUGGGUGAGGAUUGGAUUCUUCACCAAAGUUGCAAGGUUUACCUCUUCAUUUCCUCCCAGAGAAUUGCCGGCUGUCUGGUUGCAGAACAGAUCACAGAAGCAUUUAAACUCAUUCCUCGCCCCGAAGAUGGCAAACAGAGAACUUCUCCUGCCCUAAUGAGAGAGACCUCGCCUUCAACCACGAUCCCAUUUGGAAACAUUGUUCUGAAAAGAGAAGCAUCCAAAAGAUCCCGACCAUCAGAAGGUAGAUUAUGCAGUGGAGCAAUUGUAUGUGAAGAAGAAGCUAAACCUGCUGUCUGUGGCAUCAGAGCUAUCUGGGUCUCACCCUCAAACAGAAGAAAGAGCAUAGCAACACAGUUACUCGAUGCCUUGAGGGGAAGUUUCUGUAGUGGCCGUGUCCUGGAGAAGUCUCAGUUGGCAUUCUCACAACCAAGCUCUUUGGGGAAGGCUUUUGCAUUCAAUUACUUUGGAACUCCUGCAUUCUUGGUCUACAAAGCAGGUGAUUCCUCUGAUUAUUAAAUCAUCAGAUUUUUCUUGAAAUGGAUGGUUCUCCUGCCACAAAUAUUAUUCGAGAACCUCCGAAACUCUCGAAGAGAUUUGAAGAUCAUCUACAAUAGGAUCAGUAGGAUCUGUGUUGAUUUCUGGGUUUUAGUCGACUGUGACCCCAUUGUUCAUUUGCCUGAAUCAAUGGCUGUGUGUUUUAGCAAAAUCUCCAUUUCUCCAAGUUCUUGCAAUGAAAAUGCCUCGGUAUUCAGGACACAGUUCAUAAGUAUGAACUGGUUACUGCCUUUGUACUGCUUUUUGCCCUUUUUUCCCCUCCUUCAAGCAUAAGAUUUAGACCAAAAUUCUGUACCAAAAAAGAAGCAAAUCUUCACAAAACGCCGCAAUGGCUAUUAUCGACCUCUCUGCCCUCUCUCUCUCUCUCUCUCUCU